GUUGUCUGGGUAUUGGAGUGCGGUGGUCCGGAGGUUGUUGAAUGCGGACUUCGAGGCCGGCGUGGCGGGUAGCAAGUACGCCGCCGAGGCCCGUGCCGAGCCGGCGCUGGUUGGUGCCCGCCAUCUGCCGUCUGGACCGGGAAACUGUACCACAUUUACCGAAUUUUAUAUGGUCAGAAAUCUGUUUAAGUCAAAGGACAAUUGAUGAAACAAAUUUGAGAGGGGCUUGGAGAAUGCACAUCAGGAAUGGAUUCUCUCAGCUGUAUAACGGCAUCUGAUUCAGCUGUGGAAAUUGAGAAUCAAAGUGAUAACUCUUCCUCUGGUAGCAGCUUAUUUAAAACUCAGUGUGUUCCUGUCCCACCUAAACGGAGGCAAAGAAACCCUAUUAGAAAACUUGUUCACACAGCUGAAAGUACUCAAGCAAGAGACUCAUCUAGUGAUUCAUCUAUAGAGCCAAGACCAUUGACUUUAAAAGCUAUUUUUGAAAGAUUCAAAAAAAAGAAACGUAAAAAGAGGAAAUACAAGCCAACGGGAAGAUCAAGGGGAAGACCAAAAGGAAGGAGAAACACUAGAAACUCACAAAUAAAUAAGAAACAGCUUAAAGACAAAGGACCUAGUUUCCCAUUUUUAGAAUCAGAAAAUGGAAGAAAACCAUCAUUACCUUGGAGAAAAAUUUUAACCUUUGAACAAGCAGUGGCAAGAGGAUUUUUUAACUACCUGGAAAAACUGAAGUAUGAAUACCAUCUCAAGGAAUCCUUGAAACAAAUGAAUGUUGGUGAAGAUUUAGAAAAAGAAGACCUUGAUAGUCGUAGAUACAGAUACUUGGAUGACGACGGAUCUAUCUCUCCUAUUGAAGACUCAGUAGCAGAGGAGGAGAUUGCAACAAAUCUUGAACAUGAUGAAUGUGAUAUUAAAUUGGUGGAGGAUGAUAAUUUCAUAAUAAGUUGUGAAUUACCAAAGAAGAAGAAUGUAUAUUUGGAACAAGACGAAUAUACUGAAGAAGCUGCUUUGCCUAAAAAGAGGGCAUCAAAAUCCAAAACACUGGACAGAGGACAGAAUGGUCUGAAAAGAGAUAGGAUUAUAGGAUUAUGACUGUCAGACAAGGUAAACUUUAUAGAAGGAAAAGACUUGCGAAUAUAUAUGCCAGCCAUAUGAUAAAGAAAGAACCUUGUAAGAAAAUAAAAUUUGUGAAACUCCUAAAUUAGUAAUUAAAAGAAAAAAAUUGAUAUUAUAUAUGUAAGAAAAAAAUUUGUAGGAAAAAAAUUGAGGCUGUUAUAGCAGAGAUUAAUCACUUCCCAAAUAAUAAACAAUGUCCUGCUGUCUUUGCCUAUGGUGGUUUAUUUCUUGGUAAGAAAAAUUAAAGGUGUCAUUUGAGCAUUGAAUCAAAGAAAUAACAGAUUGUAAUGCUGAAAAGAAAAUCUUAGUUGCAGUAAUCACUAAUGAUUGACAACCAGCCACCCUUCUUAGGGUACCUGUGACCCCGUUUUUAUUUUAGACAAAUUUAGUGUGAACUGCCUAGUACUGUAAUAAGAACUUAUAUUUUCCCUUCCUACCUACCUAUAUUUCAAGUACGAUUUUUAUCACCACUGCUGCGUGUUGCAGAUUAUGCCAUGCUAUAUACUGCAUUUUAUGAUAGCACUUGUAGUUUGUUUUUGUUUAAUCUGUGGGCAAAGACUUACAGACAGGUGCAAAAAUAAAUCCUCUUUUGCAACCCAGAACUCAUUGUUCAGUAUGAGUUUUGAUACAUAUAAGAAGGAACAUGACACCUAAAACAGAAUCAAGUUAUGGGGGUGUAUUGAUAAAGAUUGCUUCUAGGAUAUAGAGCUGAUAAAUUCCCUCAUAUCUUAAGCUUUUAAAUUAUUAGCUGUAUUGAUUUAGUACUCUUAAUUUUAUAAAUGUUCACAUGAAACAAAGAUGGCUUCUUUUUUUAGGCUUUUGUCUUGAACACAGUGUCUGGAUUUUAAAAAGGUAUGUCUUAUGCUUUAGGUGAGAUUGGGUCAGAUUUGUGUAAAUGUGAUAUAUUGUCAGAAUUUAAAACCUCCACAGCUUUUAUUAUUGAAGGGAAUUUUUGCCAAUUUUAAAUUUCUGUUCAUGAUGUAAUUUCAGAAGAUGAAUCUCAGGAUUGAUAUGUUUUAUACUGACAUUGUGCCAGUUUCAUAGUCCCAGAACUAUGAAUUAGGCUAUUAUAAUCAGAAUCUUGCAUAUUCCUGCUUCAAGCAUACCAGUAUUUUUUUCAACCUUUCCACACCCCUUAUACAGUAUUUAUUUUAUUGAAGUAGUUGAUUUACAGUGUUAAUUUCUGUUGUACAGCAAAGUGACUCAGUUAAACAUAUAUUAUUCUUUUCUAUUAUGAUUUAUCACAGGAUAUUUAAUAUAGUUCCCUGUGCUAUUUAGGACCUUGUUUAUCCAUUCUAUAUACAGUACUUUGCAUCUGCUACUCCCAAACUCCCAGUCCAUCCCUCCCCCACAUCCCUGUCCUCCUUGGCAACCACAAGUCUGUUCUCUAUCCGUGUGUCUGUUUCAUUGAUGUGUUCAUAUGUGUGGUAUUUUAGAUUCCACAUGAGUGAUAUGCUAUCGUAUUUGUCUGUUUCUCACUUACUUUGCUUAGUAUGAUCUCCAGGUCCAUCCAUGUUGCUACAAAUGGCAUUAUCUCCUGCUUUUUUAAUGGCUGAUAAUAUUCCAUUGUAGAUAUAUAUAUACUACAUCUUUAUCCAUUCAUUUCUCAAUGGACAUUUAGGUUGCUUCCAUGUUCUGGCUACUGUAAACAGUGCUGCAGUGAACAAUGGGGUGCAUGUAUCCUUUCAAACCAUGUUUUCCUCUGGAUAUAUGCCCAGGAAGUGGGAUGGCUGGAUCAUAAUGGUAGCUCUUAGUAUGGAGGUUCCUCAAAAAACUGUUUUCCAUAGUGGCUGUAUCAGUUUACAUCCCCACCAGUAGUGUAGGGGAGUGUUCCUUUUUCUCCAACACCCUCUCCAGCAUUUAUUCAUUGCAUGUUUUGAAGUUUUAACUUCCCUUCAAAUUUUGGUUUACCAAAAUUGACAUUCUGCUUUUUUUUUUGUAAUUGGAGUAUUGCUUUACACUGUUGGGCCAGUUUCUGCUGUACAACAAAGUGAAUCAGCUGUAUUUAUACAUAUGUCCCCAUAUCUCUUCCCUCUUACGCCUCCCUCCCACCCUCCCUGUCCCACGCCUCUAGUUCUUCUCCGUGUUAUGCAGUAACUUCCCGCUAGCUAGCUAUAUAAUGGCAGGGCAAGAAUAAAGACAUUCUGCUUUUAAUUCACUCUCUCAUGAUGUGAAGAUCUCCCAAAUAACUUUUCUUGAAAACCUCAUGGCCUAAAUGAAAUGUUACUCCUGAAGAUUAUUUAAUAUUAUGCAUGUUAAUAUGCUAAAUAAUUUUAUAGAUUAUAAUUCUGAUUUAAUCUGACCUUUGUUAUUUAGAUUUGCAUAAACAUUUAUUAGCUCAAAUGGGAUAUUGUAUUUUUCAUACAUUUGGCCAGUGCACUCUUCUUUUUUUGGGGGGAGCGGUUUGGCCGCACUGAGUGGCUUGUGGGAUCUUUGUUCCCUGGCCAGGGAUCAAACCAGUGCCAGCUGUCCCUACAGUAUUUUAAAUAUGAAUGAUACAAAGUUUAGUAAGCAUUGUUAUAAUACCUACCAUGUGAUUAACUCAUGGGAUGAUGUUUUAAACAUCCUUUGGGAUAUCUGACUGUUACUGUAUACUAUACAAUUUUGAACUCAUCUAAGAGACUGGAGCAGAUCACAGCUCUUUCAAAUAAUUGUUCUCCUGUGGACUUUUUUAUAUAUGUAAGCAGUGGUUGAGGUCUAUCCCGAUGGGGCUUUUUCUGUAAACCUACAUCGUUGGAAACGCCUCAUAGAGUAAAACUAUGUGGUUUUCUUUACUCAUAGAACUACCUGUUAGAUCUGUGGGAAAGAACUACAAGACAGAACUGCCAAGUAAACUAUGAAAAACCUAACAAACUUUUUUUAUCUUAGGUAUUGGCAUAUCCCAAUGAUCUGUACUGUUAUUGGGUGUGAUGGCUUAGGUAAGUUUUAAUUAGUGGACAGUGUAAUUUGUUGGGGGGUGGGGGGGGUGGGAACAAUUGCAGUUCAGAUGAUGAAUUUAACUGUUCAACUGCUGAAUGAUACAGACAUGAACUAAAACUUAAUUCUGAUAGAGCUGAGUAUAGCUUAAAAUAUUUUGAUAUCAAGCAUAUAUUUAGGUUUUAGUUUUUAAUCACAUGAGUAUGUUAUCCAUAAUCUUUUACUUGAUAUUUUAUCUGCAGGAGUAUGAUUUGAACUUAAUACAGAGGUAAGUGGAAUCUAUUCAAAUUAAGGAUUCAGAAGUUCUGAAAAGAAAGUAAAUUUUUUGAGUAAAGCAUUCUAUUACUGUUGUGACUGCUAGUUAUUUUGGUAUAAAACAAUUACCAAGAUUUUGGCCAAAAAUGUUGCUGUAAUAUUUGUAUUUACAGAAUUGGAAAAAAUUAAAAGACUGCAUGUGUAGGGCUUCCGAAUGAAAAUGCUCCGUUUUUUUUCACCCUUUAUUGAACUGACAUGUAAAUAUCAUGUAUAAUUAGUUUCCUAUGUAAGUUAUAUAGGUAUAGAGAGGGUAAAGGUAGCAAUGACGGUGUAUAGUUUAAAAUGGAGUUAAUGUAGUUGCCUCAUUGGAAUGACAAUUAGAAAUAAAAGUAAAAUUACUUUGGAUGUUACAGGAACUUAAAUUUUUAUUUAAGAUGUGUAAAAAUAAGUUUUUCUCAGAUAGUAACAUUACAAACUUGAGGUUGAGGGGUUUUUCCAGUUCAGUCAUAAUUGCACUGCAUGGUAUCUGCAUUCAGCAGUUUAUUCCUGCUGGGUGUUCAAAGGACAGUGCAAUAUAAAUUCAGUAUUUGGCAUCGUUGGUUUUCUUGACUUUGUGCAUGUUAAACCUGGUAUUUCUACUGAUACAGUAUUCCUGUAGUUUCUCAUCCUGUUCAGUUUGACAAUCUUCAGUAGUAACCAGUACUUUUUUUCUAGGGUGUCAAAUUCAGAACCAGGCAGAUCAAUCUCCUGACCCUAAACACGUAAGGCUUUCUAUUUCUGUUGCUUCUAGUAGCUUUCCUUUAUUGAUAGCAUGGUUAGCAAAACCAGCAGAACUUCUUUACAAAUGCAGAAGCCUUUUGCAGGGUGUAUACAUAAGCUUGCGAAAAACUUUUAGAAAGCCUCAUUCUAUUGAAAAUGGGCACUAUUGUUCAUGGUGUCCAUUAAUUGUUAAUGUGGCUACAUUGAGAACACAGGUUUUGCUUCCAUCACUGUAAUUUUACUGCAGUGGUGACAAUGAGACCUGCAACAUUUUUUUUUUUUUUUUGGCUAGGCUCAUGAGUAAAAUUGGAUAUAACAAGGCUUUUCAAUAUUAGAAAAGAUGAAGGAAUAAGUAGCAACAUACUUGCUAUAUUUAACUUCUAGGGUCCCAAAGUAAAUUGCUUGAGGAAAUUGGAUCCCAAAGAUGAGAGGUAAGAUUUUCAUUUUUUUCAACUAGAUGUUAAAAAGGCCAUUAGGUGUUUUACUGUUUCCCAGUGAUAUUAUGUUAUGAUGAUGGGCAAAAUGUUCAACUGCUCUGAAUGGGCUGAAUGAAAAUAGCCUUUCUGAACAUCCGUCUUACAUUAAGCUAUAUUUUAAGACAUGAAAGCUCUAAAAUAAAAGUUGCCUGAAAACAUGCAUGUUUUGAAACAAUCAGCUAAGUUUAGGUAUGAAUGAAAAUGGAACCUAAUCAGUCCCAGUUGCCAUUAAAAUCUUUUUCCAUAGGUGGGGAAUUUUGAAGUGUGUUUGUAUUUAUUCCAUUGGAGAUCAGAGAAGGCUAAAAGAAUUGUGGCAAAGCUGACGCACAUGACAGCUGUGGACUGAGCAAAACUUUUUGAAAGGGCUAUCUUAUCCUGAAGAUUAUGACUUUGAAGGAACGAAGGUGAUUGGCAGUGCAAAGAAUCAGAACAUGUGAAGUUCCUUAAAAAUUUAUUAACUUAAAUAAUUUUGCCUAUGUUAUAUACAAGAAUAAAAAAAACACUUUACACUUUGUGCAGAAAGUCAGCAGCAUAUAUUUUUGGCUCGAAGUUUCUCUAAUGUUUUCUGUGGAGGGAAUAACAUUUAUCGGUUACAGUUCUGAUGUGCCUUAGACAUGAAAAACUGGGUGUGUGGAGGGGGGGCUGCUCACC